AUGUUGGUUUCUAGAAAAGCGCUUGAGAAACGUCUUCGCAAAGCUGGGAAAGAUCUUCUUGACCCACCAACAUCUUCUUCACCGAAUUCACCUUCUCAACGUGAGCUCAGUGAAGCAUCUUCGAUUUUUUGGGUGAUUCUGUCCGAACUUUUCCUCUGCCUGACUGAGGUGCACCAGGAUCCUCCCAGCUCAACAACGUAUGCACCCUCUCCGGUGAUGAAAGCAUUAUUCGCUCCAAGACUCUUCGAGCAUUCGGAUGUUGAUGUGAAAGUUUCUGUCGCAGCUUGCAUCACUCAUAUUAUGAGAAUAACUGCUCCAGAAGCUCCGUAUUCCGAUGACAUGAUGCAGAGGAUAGAGAUCCUUGAUAUUGUAGCAAAGGCCAAAGUAUAUGUUGUCAUGUUGGAUCUUGGAUGUGAUGCACUUCUUACUGAGAUGUUCCAGCACUCUCUCAAGGCACUAAGGGAUGAUCAUCCAAUGAAAGUAUUUUUAUCUAUGGAGACUAUUAUGACCGUUGUUUUAGAAGAAAGCGAGGAUAUACCUCCAGAGCUGCUUUCACCUAUUCUAGAUUAUGUUAAAAAGGAUGAUGAGAUUCCCCAAGUAUCACAGAGGUUGGCAGAACAAGUUCUGAGUAGAUCUGCUAGUAAACUCAAAACGUGUCUCGCUGAAGCAGUAAAAGCAUCUGGCGUUUCUUUAGAUAAGUAUAGUAAUCUAGUGGCUUCAAUAUGUGAAGGAACAUUCAGUGAAAAGAUUGCAGAAGUUUCAACUCCCGAGCAAACUUGUGUUCAUGCAGCUAAUUCUUCGAUAAACAAGAAUGGACAUGAGGCUGUGUCCCCAAGACGUGAAACAGUAGCUGGAGUAGAAACACGCAAGCGAGCUCGAGUUGAAAACUGCAGACUUCAUGAAGCUCAUCAUGAGAUGGGGAAGACGCCUACUGCAGAAGGAGAACCCUCCUGCCGCAAUCACAAAUCCAGUGCUGAGCCCGAGCACAAGAAACUCCCUAAACCUGGCUCCGUUUCAGAUCAGUUGGCUAAGGUGAAACAGAGCAUUGUAGACACUAUAACCAGUGUAAGACAGUUUCGCUCUGAGCUCGAGACAAAGGAACAGAGCAUUGUUGACAUUCUAACCAGCGUACGACAGUUUCGGUCUGAGAUCAAGCAAAAGGAAGAUAAUCUAGAAGCUUCGCUGCAGGAAGUCGACAUUUUAGGGGAGAAGAUAAUGGGAAUCAACAAAAUCCUUAACUCAUGA